UUUUAAGUCGUCGCGAGAGAGCACUGAAGGAUCCAAGACUUGCCUUUUUUGCUGGAAAACCUGGCAGUCCAGGGCGUCCUGGUAUACCAGGCCGACCAGGCCACAUGGGCAAACGAGGUCAAAAAGGUCCAAAAGGUGUCGCUGGACCUCCCGGAAUACGUGGACCAAUUGGUCCAUAUGGUCCACCAGGCUGGAAGGGCCCUCCUGGGUUCACAGGUGUUGAGGGGCCAAAGGGCGAAAAGGGAAAAGAAGGAUUCAAAGGUAAUGCGGGUUAUAUUGGGGACGUUGGGCUUGUCGGAUAUAUCGGAUAUGAAGGCCAGAUGGGUCCACCAGGUAUUAUGGGUCAUGUCGGCUUUAUCGGUAUGAUAGGCUGGCCAGGUCCACGUGGUGAAAAAGGUGAAGAUGGUAUUAUGGGACCCCCUGGUUAUCCAGGACGACCCGGUGUUCCUGGAAGAGUGGGUGUCUAUGGGGAACCAGGGCCCAUCGGUGAAAUUGGAAUCACUGGACCACCGGGACAUAAUGGCUUUGAAGGGGAUAAAGGAGAAACUGGUAUGUGUGGGGAAACUGGACCAUGGGGAGCUGUUGGCCGUCCAGGCCCGGUUUAUGAUCCAUAUGCAGGACUGAUGGCACCGAUGGUUGGUAAAUUUGCAGGAUUUCAUGGAGACGAAAAUUGCACAGACCUUGUUGAGGGUGUUUCUAAAUGUUUAUCUCAAGGACGUAAAAAUAUUCCGAACAAUAUUCAAUACACCAGUAAGUCUUUGCCAGUCUUCAACCAGCCGCCACCCGGAGCUCAUGUUAUCCCUGCUGAGCAAGGGCACGGGAAGUCACAAAUGCCUCUCGGGCCACAUUUUAUGAAAUCACCUAUAGCGUAUGGACCACAUGUAGGAAAAUCACAGAUGGCGUUAGGACCUCCUAUGUUUGAAUCACAUGUAGGAAAAUCACAGAUGGCCUUAGGACCUCCUGUGUAUGGAAAACAAUAUGCUGCAGCGCAUGGACACCAUAUCGACUUUUAUGAUGAAGAAGACCGAGAUAUUCUUAAUGAACAGGAAUUCAACGAGAUAGUUAAUAAAACAAGUGUUGAAGCUACUGACACAAAUAUGAUAAAUAUAACCAUGACUGAACAUCUUGGAACAGUCGAUAACGAGAAAUCAAAUAUUUCUGUUAACAAUGAAGGUAAUAUUGAACAAAUAACCGUUGAAACAAAUGUUGACACUACUACAGAAUCAACCAGUCAAUCGUUCGAAAAAGACAAUAAAAGAAAGGCAACGACAGAAAAAGUGCAAUUUCUUCUAGAAGAUGUGAAACAGACAUCCGGCGCAGAUUCUGAUAAAUCUGACACUAAAGAAGAUGAACAAAUACAAGAUAUAGAAUUAUCUGAUUAAGCUAUAUCUACUAUAAAUGAACAUGUUGUUGAUAACCUAAUGCAAAUACUGUAAACUUGUGUAAUAAACAUGUUUGGUACAUA